GGAUCCGCCAGUGGGGUGUGUAGAGCAACUUGCAGCACGAACUCAAACAAGGCUUUGAAGUGCUGGAAGAGCAGCGAACUGCAUUAGGAGCUGGAUCUUUGCCGAAUCCUGCAAACAUGAUUGCCACCACACAGCAGAACAUGACAACGGAGCUGCAGGACCUCGGCAGCACGGGAGGACCUCCUCGAAAUUGGAAGGGAAUUGGGAUCGCCAUGGUGGUCAUCUUGGGGGUCAUGUCUCUGGUCACCCUCUCAAUUUUUCUGCUCACGCCUGACGAGUCUCACCUCUUGCUGCUGUCUCGUCUUACUCUGGAGAACGUGGAGAGCGAGGAUUUCAGGGUUCAUGACCCUUGUGCGACAUGGCUAAAUGAGAACGAGGUGUCACUUUGCACACAGGAGGGUCACAUUUUAAUCCACAGUCUUAGCACCAACCUAACCACCACGCUAUUGGACAACAGCACCCUGGAUCUGAAGUCCAUGAAGUUCAAGGUUUCAGCUGAUAAGAAAUUCAUCCUCAUGGCUUAUAAUAUCCAACACGUAUUCUCACAGUCCUUCACAGCAUCCUUUGCAAUCUACACAGUGGCCAGCGGGGAGAUUACAGACCUCACCCCAUUGGAGGAGGAUACAUCUGUACUUCAGUAUGCAGCAUGGGGACCUCAAGGGAACCAGUUGGUCUUUGUCUUUGAAAAUGACAUCUACUACAAGCCAGAUGUUUCUAGCAAAGCGAUGCGUCUGACAGCCACGGGCAGAAACGGAAUGGUGCUUAAUGGACUGUCUGAUUGGACCUACGAGGAGGAGAUACUGCUCAAAUACCCCGCGUUCUGGUGGGCAAAAGACGGAGCGCGUCUGGCAUAUCUGUCUAUUAACAACUCAGCAACUCCUUUUAUGGAGAUACAUCACUUCCUGGGCGGGAUCUACCCUUCUAAUGUCCUCUACCCGUAUCCGAAGGCGGGUUCCAGAAUCCCAUCAGCCAGUCUGUUUGUGGUGAAUUUAUAUGGUCCAGCACACACAUUAGAGAUGAUUCCUCCAGACUCCCACAACAGCAGAGAUAGCUACAUCUCUAUGGUGAGCUGGAUCAGCAGCACGCGCCUGACUGUGCGCUGGUUGAACCGGGUCCAGAACCAGUCCGUGCUGUGUGUGUGUGAGGCCACGACAGGAGCCUGCUCGGAGAAGCACCAAAUGGCGAUGGACUUCUGGCACAACAACCAGCGGCAGGAGGAGCCGUUGUUCACGGCAGAUGGUUCCCUGUUUUACCUCAUCCUUCCUGCCAAGCAAGGGGCCCGUGGGGAGUUUCUCCACAUUGCCAGCCUCCCCGCUCAGACUUCCACUCCUUCUGUUUCUCCUCGCUUUCUAACAUCAGGAAACUGGGAUGUAACCUCACUGUGCGCCCUUGACGAGGAGAACGAUAAAAUCUAUUUUCUGAGUACGGAGGAGUCACGGCAGAGCAGACACUUAUACAGCGUGGAGCUCGGAGGAGUGUUUCAUCGACAGUGUCUAACAUGCAACCUGUUUGAGAGAUGCAGCUUCUUCAAAGCAGACUUCAGUCCCAAUCGGACAUACUUUACCCUCUAUUGCUUGGGCCCAGGUGUCCCAAAGGUAACCAUUCACAGCACAAGUGACCCUUCCAGAUACACAGUGGUGGAAGACAACAGCCUCCUCGCUAUGUCUCUCGAAACCAAGAGGAUCUCUGAGACAGUUUUCCAGACGCUUUCCUUCGACAAUAGUGACCUAGAUCUGAAGAUGUCCCUGCCUCCUGGGUAUGAGGGGAACCUGCAUCCUCUCCUUAUUAUCAUUGACAGUAUUCCCGGGAGGCAGUCGGUAACGGAGGAGUUUGCCCUGGGCUGGCCGGAGGUUUUAUCCAGCCUGCAUGGAGUGGCUCUGGCCUGGAUCGACAGCAGAAGCCGAAUCUCCCAGGGACAGAAAAGCAGCACCCUGGACCCUCGCAAGCUAGGUUCCCUGCGCAUUAAAGACAAGCUUGGAGUAGUGGAAUGGUUAAUGCAGUUGCCGUACAUUGAUGGGAGAAGAAUAGCUGUUUAUGGAAAGGGAUUCGGUGGCUAUUUAGGUUUGAAGAUGUUGACGGCAACCGAUCAGACGUUCAAAUGUGCCGCUGUCAUGGCUCCCAUCACAGACUUCAAGCUCUAUAGUGCUGCCUUCUCAGAGAGAUAUCUAGGCCUUCCAACUAAAGAAGAGCAUUCGUACAUGGCUGCGUCUUUGUUGGACGACAUUCACAAGCUAAAAGACGAAAGCUUCCUCCUCAUACACGGGACCGCAGAUGCGCGGGUCCAUUUCCAACACAGCGCUGAGUUGUUGAGUCGUCUGGUGAAGGUAGAGGCCAACUACACCCUUCAGCUGUACCCAGACGAAGGCCACUCAUUAAGAGAAGAGCGGAGCAAACAACACCUGCACCGCACACUCCUUCACUACCUCCAAAACUGCCUCAAAUACGACCCCUUCCUCAACAUAGAGGAGGAAGAGGAAGACGACGAAGAGGAAGAGUGAUUUCUUCCACUGUGUCCACUCUCGGUCCUCAUACGCGCCCGGCACUGGUGUCUAACUUCAGGAUGCGUUAUUUCACCAAAGGAAAAAAUGAGCAAAAUGGAGAUCAAGAGGACCAAAUUCACCAGCUAUUUACCACAAACUCAAUUUUGGGAUGUUUUUGUUUGUUUGUUUGUUUGUUUUUUGUCCAGACUGCAACCUUCAGUGUUUCCUAAAGUCCAGGAAGAUGAAACACAGCUGCUCUGGUUCAUACAGUUUUCAAGGAAAUCACGCACAGUAUAAUGCCAAUCAACAUCUUAAGUCAGAUUAUGUGCAAGAUGGGUAAAAGAUGCAUGUUGAUCAGAUUUGAUAUUGCAGCGCCACCCUGUGUUCAAAGAUGGAAAAAAUACCAGUGGUUUACAGAUUCAGUGUUGUUAGUAUUUACUAAAACUUCCUUUUUUUUUGUUAAUUGAAUUAAUAAUAAAAGUAUAAAUAUUAGGCAACAUAAUUACUUGAAUAAAAACAUAAAUGUUGCCUUGGCUACUAACGGAAAUAAUAAGAAAAGCUGAAGUUUGAAAAUGACUAAAAGUAAAAUAAAAAGAAAUUCAAGCUAA